AUGUUUAUUGCAAGAUCUGAAUAUGGUAAUACCUUUUCCCCGGAGGGUCGUUUGUUCCAAGUCGAAUACUCUCUAGAGGCUAUCAAGUUAGGGUCAACGGCAAUAGGAGUUGCAACUGGUGGUGGAGUAGUUCUCGGUGUCGAAAAGCGCGUAACUUCCACCUUACUCGAAACGUCGUCUGUUGAGAAGAUUGUCGAGAUUGAUCGUCAUAUUGGAUGUGCCAUGUCAGGACUUCAAGCAGAUGCACGAUCAAUGGUAGAACACGCUCGAGUCGAAUCUCAAAAUCACAGCUUCCACUACAACGAACCUUUAAGAGUCGAGAGCUGCACUCAGGCUAUUUGCGAUUUGGCAUUGAGAUUUGGUGAAGGUGCAGAUGGUGAGGAGAGUAUUAUGAGUAGACCAUUCGGUGUUGCUCUUUUGAUCGCUGGAUACGAUGAGGACGGACCACAAUUAUACCACGCUGAGCCAAGUGGAACAUUUUAUAGAUAUGAUGCAAAGGCUAUUGGUUCAGGUUCAGAAGGAGCCCAAGCUGAAUUACAGAACGAGUUUCACAAGUCACUCACAAUUGAAGAGGCAGAAACUUUGGUAUUGAAGACAUUAAAGCAGGUCAUGGAAGAGAAGUUAGAUUCGAAGAAUGUGCAAUUGGCUAGUGUUACCAAGGAGAAGGGCUUCAGAAUCUACACAGAUGAGGAAAUGGCAGCUGUUGUGGAGCGAUUACCUGCGAAUUAA